CAUGUGUAGCCUUAGAAUAGAAUAUUUGUAGGAUUUGUAUUACCUUUCAAACUCUGUAUCGAAACAGGUUUACUCACUGAAUCAUAACUUUAUUUUAUUGUCACCCUUCAUUGAUUAAAAUUAUUAAUUAUACGAGGAUUGAGGGGUCACAGCGAGAACAUCCUUGGUGCCGAUUCUAGAAUUUCACAGGAAAAGCCAAAUUUUUUUACUGACACAUCAGUGUUUAGGCUAUUCCACUUGAUAUCUCAAUUUCAGCACAGGAAGCAGCUAGCACUGCUAGUUACCUUGACCUGGAAGGCCAGACUGGAAAGGAUGGCAAUCUUAAGAUCAUAUCAGUGCUGUCUGCUGAGGCAUUCAGUUGGUGCGGUGUGCCCCAUGGUGUGGAUUUACUGUGAAGUUUUGCAGACUGUGUGGACUAGAACUAGGAAACAUCUUAAAUUUAAUACAAUUUCUUUGGAUACAGCCUCUUUGAUUCCCUACUUGCGAGGAAAAUAGCUCUGAGCCUUCUAUAAUGGCUGCUGCGGCGGCGCAGAAGGUGGCCGAGGUGCGCGAGGUGACCCGCCUGGAGCGGGUCGGCGCCCACUCGCACAUCCGCGGCCUGGGCCUGGACGAUGCGCUGGAGGCGCGGCCCAGCUCCCAGGGCAUGGUGGGCCAGCAGGUGGCGCGCCGCGCCGCCGGCCUCGUGCUGCAGAUGAUCCAGGAGGGCAAGAUCGCCGGCCGCGCCAUCCUCAUCGCCGGUCAGCCCGGCACCGGUAAGACGGCGCUGGCCAUGGGCCUGGCGCAGGCUCUGGGCGCCGACACGCCGUUCACAUCAAUGUCCGGAUCGGAGAUCUACAGUCUCGAGAUGAACAAGACGGAGGCGCUGAUGCAGGCCUUCCGCAAGUCCAUCGGCGUGAGAAUCAAGGAGGAGACGGAGAUAAUCGAGGGCGAGGUGGUGGAAAUUCAGGUGGACCGGCCGGCCACUGGCACCGGCGCCAAGGUCGGCAAACUCACCCUCAAGACCACUGAGAUGGAGACCAUCUACGACCUCGGCACAAAGAUGAUCGACGCGCUCGUCAAGGAGAAGGCCCAGGCCGGUGACGUCAUCACAAUCGACAAGGCCACCGGCAAGAUCACCAAGCUGGGCCGAGCGUUCACACGCGCCAGAGACUACGACGCCACAGCGCCCCAGACGCGCUUCGUCCAGUGUCCCGAGGGCGAGCUGCAGAAACGCAAGGAGGUGGUGCACACGGUCACUCUGCACGAGAUUGACGUCAUCAACAGCCGCACUCAGGGAUUCCUGGCGCUCUUCUCUGGUGACACGGGUGAGAUCAAGUCUGAGGUGCGAGACCAAAUAAACACCAAGGUGGCAGAGUGGCGCGAGGAGGGCAAGGCCGAAAUCGUGCCCGGGGUGCUGUUUGUGGAUGAGGUACACAUGCUGGACAUUGAGUGUUUCUCGUUCCUGAACCGCGCCCUGGAGAACGAGAUGGCUCCGAUCCUGGUGAUGGCCACCAACCGGGGCAUCACGCGGAUCCGCGGCACCAACUACAGCUCACCGCACGGCGUGCCCAUCGACCUGCUGGACCGGACUGUGAUCAUCUCCACCCGGCCCUACCAGGAGAGCGAGACCAAACAGAUCCUGAAAAUCAGGUGUGAGGAGGAGGACUGUGAGAUGGCGGAUGACGCUCUCACCGUGCUCACCAGGAUCGGCAUGGAGACGUCGCUCCGAUACGCCAUUCAACUCAUCACACUCGCCUCGCUGGUGGCGCGCAAACGCGGCGCCGCCGAGAUCGAGAUUGAGGACGUGAAGCGGGUCUACUCGCUGUUUCUGGACCAGAGUCGGUCGGCGCAGUUCCUCAAGGACUACCAGGAUCAGUUCAUGUUCAGCGAAAUCGGUGCCGGGGACGACGGUGCUGCCAUGGAGACCGCAUAGAGCUCUUGACUGACCCCGCCCUGUGGUGCCUGCCUGCCGACUUGACUUGUCUUGGACAAUCACCUCGACCGGCGUUGCAUUCUCUCGUCUCAUCCCAGUGGUUCCGUUAUUCAUCGCACAUUGGCUGGCGACGUUAGUUUUUGUUGCCUCCGGCCGCGCUGAAACGUGGCUGAGUCGAUAGUGUAUUUUGUUGAACGUUUUCCGUACUGUAUUCCGUAAUACAGCAUUUCCAUCGUCAA